GAAGCGCUACUGCAGAGCUUAGAGUUGAGCUGAGCUAAAACCAAAUUAAUACCCGGUUACUUUGCAACUAGCAACAGGGCAUGCGGCAAACUUACCUGCCCAAAGAACAUUUUAGUGUUGGGAACUAGGCGUGGGUGCUCUUUACAGGAAAUGUACUGGCAAGAGGAACAAGCAGAAGCAGAAGACUAGAAUUUGGUGCCAAAUCCGUAAACAGCCUUGGAAGAGUCAAGGACUUCUAGACUCAAGGACAGGUAUAUUGGUUCAUUUCUAAGCUUCACAGUAGAUGCCUAGGUUCACUUCCAAGGCACCUUGUCCUAUCUAGGAUUGCAGUGACAAGAUCUUUCUUUUCUGGCAACCAUUUGGCCUGCUGCACCCUGGUGAAAUUAGGAGAUGGCAGUGAUGGAAAUUGCUUGCCAACACACUCCAGUCCCAGCCAUUGGACACCCUAAGGAGCUUCCUAUGGGUAAAGGGCCACAAGAGGUAGUGAAGGAAAAAAAGAACAGCGUUUGCAAAGCAGAGGAUCCAAACAAACAUAUGUUCCCAGGCCCAUGGAAGAUCCUAAAUGAUGUGAUUGCUAAAGGAACGGCCAAGGAAGAUAGUGGAAAAGGAGGUUUAGCCUCAAUCUCCAUUAUUGCUCAGGCAGAAUGUGAGAUCAGUCAAGAGUUCAGCCCCACCUAUUCGGAGAGAUCAUUUAUUGUUGAUACCAAGCGAUACAACCGAUCUUGCAGCCUUGAUCAGAUCCCCAACAAUGUGGCCCAUGCAACUGAGGGAAAAAUGGCUCCAGCGUGCUGGAAGAACACACACAGAGGCAGGUCCCGGAAGAAACGACGGAAGAAGAGAUCCCACAUUGUGUCAUCCGAGGGAGCAACCUCCGUAACUCAGAAGCCAAGGACUCCAGAGCAGGAGAGCUGUCUGCCAGUUCAGGAGAAUGAUUCAUGCUUGGACACCCCUUUCAGGAGCACCACUUGUUAUUCGGAGCCACAUAAAGAUUUGGACUGUGAUAUCCAUUCCAUAAAGAAGCCCAGCCAUGUAUUACCUGCUCACAAGCUGCACUUGGUGAAGAGCCAAACUAAAUUAGAAUUCCACAAGCUGAUUAGUCCUGCUCAGUGCCUGAGCCAUUUUUGGAAGUCCCAUACUCUAGAUAACUUAGUUCCUCAGUCAGAAACACUACACCCUUUCCCUUUUGACCAGUUCCCUCCUUAUUUUAAUGGCUAUGAUGCCCUGCUUCCUGACUUGAAACUGGGUCCACUGGGGACAUAUCUCUUUGAUGACCUUUCAUGUGUUAGUGGCAAGAGUCGCCUGUCAGAACUGACAUUAGAGCAGAGCUUCUCCAAAUGCACCCAUCAGUCUGUAAAAACCCCACCAGACAAGCUUUCUAUGGACGAGUUUCUGGUGGAUGCCUUAAAGGGAAAUGUAAUUCUUGGAGAACCAAGAAAUUUAGCUUGUUUGGCCAAGACCUGGAAAGGCGGUGGAUUGAGUUCAAAGGUGGACCUUCAAGGGAUGGAUGAAAAUGAAGGUGUACUGCUUAUUGAGAAACUGAAAGCAGUGGACUACGAAUACCGUGAGGACAUUCACUGGACCAAAAGCCAAGGCUUGCUUGGCACAGGAUCUUUUGGGGAAGUGUACAAAAUGGAGGACAAGGAGACAGGCUUUCAGUGUGCAGCCAAAAAGAUGCGACUUGAACACUUCCGUGCAGAGGAAUUAACAUCAUGCACUGGAUUGAUGCAUGCCAAUGUCUUGCCAUUAUACGGAGCAGUCAAAGAAGGCUUCUGGGUUACUAUCUUCAUGAAGCUAAUGGAAGGUGGGUCACUUGGUCAGCUACUUAAGCAGUGUGGUUAUUUGCCAGAGGACAGAGCCCUUGAUUAUCUGAGCCAAACAUUAAAAGGCUUGGAGUACCUUCACACUCACAAUAUCCUUCAUGGAGAUGUAAAAGCUGACAAUGUUCUCUUAUCUGGUGAUGGAAACCAUGCUGUCCUAUGUGAUUUUGGUCAUGCAGCUCACCUUCACCCAGAUGAGAUGGGGAAUUACUUGAUGACAGGGGAAUAUGUUCCUGGCACAGAAACCCACUUAGCCCCUGAAGUGGUGAUGGGAAAACGCUGCGAUGCCAAGGCAGAUGUCUGGAGUAGCUGCUGUAUGAUGCUGCAUUUGCUGAAUGGCUGCCACCCUUGGGUCCAAUAUUACAAUCACCCUCUGUGUCUCAAGAUAGCCAAAGAACCACCUCCCCUGAGAGAAAUCCCCUCCUCCUGUCAUCCAUCCACUGCUCAUGUCAUUAAGUCUGGCCUUGAGAAGGAGCCAGCCAAACGUGCCUCAGCAGAAGAAUUGAGACUGAAGGCCAACACAGCACUUGAGAAUGUGGGAGGCUUGAAGAGUCCUUGGAGAGGUGAAUACAGAGAACCCAGAUGUCUACAGAAGGUGCAAGAAACUAAGUUAUCAGAACCACCAUUGUCAACAUUUGAGCCUCCUGGUAGCAUGAAGCCAUUGGUCAGAAGCCCCAGCCCAUCAUUCCCCUUACAGGUCCUGAUGGAGAGAAACCAAUUUGUCCACCCAAGUGCAUGUAGGGAAUUACUAUGGCCAUCUGACUCCCUUCAGCCUUCUUUCCCAGCUCCUCUCAGCACCAAGAAGGGCAGCUUCAUGGAAUGGAAAACUGCUAACUUAGAACAUGACCUUCAGCAGCUGGAGUUCGAGCUGAUUCUGAACAGUCUCUCUCAGCCCUUCUCUCUGGAGGAGCAGGAACAAAUACUUUCAUAUCUCAGCUUGGACAGCUCCCUCCCAUCAGAUGCCAGUGAGAAGAGUUCAUUGAAAACAUCUCACAGUUUGAAGGAUACCAUGAGUUCAGGAAUACAUUCCUGGAACAGCCAGGCUGAUGGGCAGAGCAACAGCUGGAACAGCUGGAUACAUCGCAGCAAGCAGACAGAUGUGCCCACCUAUUUCAAUGGGGUGAAAAUUGAGAUCCAUUUGCUCAGUGGGGAGAGUCUACAUAUCAGAGAGUUCCGUGGGGUCAAAGUGGGAGAUGUUGCCACUGGAAUCAGCAGCCAGAUCCCAGCUUCUGCUUUUAGUUUCUUUACCAAGGAAGGCCUGCCGGUUUGCUGUGACAUGGAGGUCCCUGACUCAGGCAUCGAGCUUCAGUGUGCUCUGGCCCCUGACUGUAGCUGUGGCUGGACCUGGCGGGUCAAACAUGGUCAAUUAGAGAAAAAGCCAUGAAGGGUGCUGUUUUUAUUCUUCUCCACCAUGUGCAUUAUGAUAGCCUAUGAUAGUUGGUGCACUCCGGAUGUGUUGAAUUAAAACUGUCAUUGUUCCCAGCCAGCAAGGUAAUUGGAUGAUGAGAGUGGUAGUCCAAUACAUCUAGAGGGCACCAGCUUGGAGGAGGCUGCUCUAUGUGAACUAUGCCACCCCCCACCCCCAGUUUGCUGUGUUAUUCAUACAUAGGUCAGUGGUGAAUAUUAUUUAGUAGAACCUAAGUCCUAAACAAGCAUUACUUUCUCUUCACUGUGUCUGAUCCUCUAGCAUUGAAUCCACUGAAGGGCGUGGACAGAGAGCAGAAAUUGAGCCUUUGUGCCUUUAAUUUAUAAAAAUUAACCAACAAAACUAGGAAUAUGAGUGCCUCUGUUUCAGGUGAAUGACUUCCCUCAUUACCCUUCUGUCUUCCAAGAACAUCCUAAAGGUCUGAUUUUUUAAAUCCAUGGUGGCCUAAUAAACUAGUAAUCUUCGAUGUGGUCGUCUUGUAUAGUGGUUAGAGUCUUGGCUUGGAUGUAGGAAACCCAGGUACCAGACCCUCCUUGCCUGUGGAGAGCAUGAAGUGAUGGCCAAAUCACUCUUCCUCAGUUGUCCCAUACUCUUGUGAGGCAAAAAUGUUUCUCUGAGCUCCUUAGAGGGAUGAGUGGGCUCCAAAUGUAGUAAGCAAUAGGUAUCUGACUUCAGGGAAAUUUCCUCAAAAGAAAAGACCACAUUCUGCAGAACUCACAAAUCCAUAUCAGAAGAUAAAUACUAAUAAGGUGCUCUUUAGAUAUCAAAUCUCAGUUGUUAUACUGUUUUUCUUCCUAACUGUGUAGCAGAUAGCUACAAUCAAAAUGUUGCACACA